AACCUUGAUGCAACCCCACAGAACUAUGGCGCUUGAGAGCUGUAUAGCUUUUUUAUUAGCAGAUGAAUUAGACGCUGAAGAAUGCGAACAUUUUAAAACAUGUCUCAGGACACGACGGAUGGGCUCAUUUUAUCUACACAGAGAUGAGGAUGAUGAAGAUGAAGAUGAAGAUAAUGAUGAUGAUGAUGAUGAUGAUGAUGAUGAAGGCAAAAAUAACUAUAGCAGUGCUACAGUUUCCAACCUGUCAGUGCUGGAUUUCCAGAAAUGUUUUCAGCUCACACAACCCCAGGUUGAAGAGUUGGUGAACUUACUGUCACCUUGUAACUGGGCAACGCGUAACUUUGAAGGCUGGACUGUGAUGCAUGCGGUGUUGGCGAGUCUGUGGACUCUUUCCACACUGGAGUCUUACAGCAGCGUCGCAGCCCGUUUUCACACCAGUGAGUCUCUCAUUUGCUUCCAACUGAAUGACUUCUGCAGCCUGAUUACGAGAAAUUUCUCAGAUCAGAUUCGCUGGCCUAAGUGGAAAGAAGCGGAAUCUUCUGUAGCCGGGUUCCUAACCGAAGUCGGUCUUCCUGGUACUGUUUGUGUGCUCGGUUCCUGCUUGGUUCCCAUGAACCGGCCUGCAGACGUGCCUGACCCGGAGGUGUAUCGCGACUCCUGUGGAAACACGUACUCUGUAACUCUCUUAGCUUUUUGCAACCAUCAGGGCUGCUUCACAUUCGUCAGCGCCGAGCAUCCAGGAAGAUGGCAUAACUCCCGAGUCCUUCUAGAGACAGAGGUCGGGAAAGCCCUACAGGAAGAUCCUCUGAACCUUCUCCACGGCAAGCACGUGAUUGGAGACGUCACCUUUCCGCUGUCGGAACAUCUCCUUACGCCAUUUCCAGAUUACGGGUUGCUGGGAGAGAAGAAGCUGCGUUAUAAUUUAAGAGUCCAGGCGGCUCUUCGGGUAGUCCGAGGAUCCCUGAGUAGUCUGAGAUCCAGGUUUCAGCGGCUCAGGUGUUUACAAAUGAGUUCUGUGGGCCAGAGCGCUCUGGCUGUGAGGACAUGCUGUAUCUUAUAUAACAUGUAUUUAGAGACUGAAAACGCUGCCUCAGCUCAAAGUGUAGAGGAGCAUGCGGACAUUCAGCUGCCGUUUCAUGAGCUCCCUGACGGACACUCGGGGAGUCUCGGAGGAAUCUCUAAAAGACAGGACAUCGCAGCGUCACUCGGACGGAAGACUAAAAAACGGUGACAUUAUAUAUAUAAUGUAAUAUGUAAUGUGACAGACAGGUUGGUGUAUUUCAGAAAAUUUAAAUUAUAUAGAAACGUAAACAAAGCACAAGAUUUUGUAAACUGAAACAUGACAAAAGUGUGAUUAUUUGUGUUUUUACAUGCCAGUGACAGUUUUUUGUAAAUAAAUCUAAAUGCUCUUGCUGUGACACUCGACUGUGAGGAUGUAAAAGAACUGAUGAAUAAUAAACACAAUGCUACCCUCAUGUGGCAACGUGUGAAAACAC